UAGUUAAAGGAGUGAAUCAUUUUCUUUAUAUGAUUAUAACAAAUCCUUCUAGCAUGGUCGAGGUAUCAAAGUUGCUACUUCCCACAUAUCAAAAUACUAGUACCAAAACUCAAGACGCUAUGAAAGACACGAUUCAAUUUCUUGAAUGAACUUAAAUUUUAGUUCAUGAAGAUCGUCUCUGUUCCAUAUACAUAUACUUCAACUUCCAACCAUAUUCUCUCUCAAGAUGGUUCACAUUGAGAUCCGGAAUAACGAAUUCGCCAUGAUUUCAAUUUCUUCAACAACAGGAGCAAAAUCAAUAUUAAGUGGUGUACUUUUUGGUGCAGCACUUACUGCAGCAGGAGUUUAUUCUCCUACUGUGAUUGUAUCGCAGAUGAAGUUGGAAUCUUUUCAUAUGCUGAAAGUAUUUCUAUCAGCAAGUGCUACUAGCGCAGCGAUAUUCCUCAUCGCUCAUCGUCUCUCACCAACUAUCGCUCCUCCUCGGCAACCCUCUUCCCUAUCCCUGUUUCCCUACGAUGGAAAUCUCAUCGGAGGUCUUCUCCUCGGUACCGGUAUGGCACUUACAGGUGCCUGUCCCGGGACCGUUCUCCCUCAAAUCGUAACCGGUUAUUCAUCCGGACGUUACGCUUUCCUCGGAGGAAUCCUUGGCGGAAUUAUAUAUUCUUUUAUCCGUCCCUUCAUCCGUUCUCCCGGCACUCGUCCAAUCGUUCCCGAUUCCAAGCCAACACUAUAUCAAAAACUCGACCCCAAAGCCGAUGAGCUAAAAGCAGUUUAUAUUUAUCAAAAUUUCUGUUGGGGAAUCAUUCUUCUUGCUUCGUGGCUUUCAAAUUCUCAGGAACAAAGUUUGUUGAGUGCGACGUGGGGAGGUAUUGGUAUCGGGUGUGCGCAGGGAGCAAGUCUUUGGUUGACGGGGAACACAUUGGGGACCAGUGCUGCGUAUGAACAGAUUGGAGAUUUAUUCUGGUGGGGGUUGGAGAGGUUGAGGGGUGGUGAUGUUGUUUCUGAAAAGGUUUAUGAGAAUGGAAAUGGAAAUGGGAACGGUGUAUCGAAACACCACGCAAUCACUCAACAAAGACCACGCCCCUCCAUCCGCUCAAACCUCUUUACCCUCGGUAUCCUCCUCGGCUCCUACAUCCUUUCUCAUAAUUUUACAUUACCAUCUUCUCCUACCUCCCCUCUCCCUAAAAUAUCCCUCGACACACCCACCAUCCCAGAAAUAUCAAUAAUACAUGCACUUCUAGGAGGCAUAGCCAUGGUCCUCGGUGCACGCAUAGCAGGUGGUUGUACGAGUGGACAUGGUAUUAGUGGAAUGAGUUUAUUGAGCGUUAGUAGUAUUAUUAGUGUGGCAGCUAUGUUUGGCGGUGGUAUACUAUGGGGCACUGUUGUUGGUUGAUGGCGUUUGAAAGGGAAAGAAGUCAAAGAAAGAUUUAGAGAGCGGAGAGAAGGAAUAUUACAAUGGUUUUGGGAGAUAGACUGGGAUCUGGUGAUAUCUUACUGGUCGUGGAGAUCCAAAUGAGCUAGACUUGAACUGGGAAAAGAAUUUACAGCGAUUCGAAUAAUGGAUUUAUGGGCGAAGAGAGGAAAGGGGUGGGACGGAAUGGUGAAUGGUGGAGUGGUUAUACCCAGUUUGAUUACUUGCUCACUUAUCUUAAUUCUUCUUUACAUAUUC